UGGUUCUCUGGACUUCAAGGAUAUCAUUAUGUUGUAUUGGAUGAACUUAAACUAGAGAAGAUAUCUUUCUGAAACACUGCUAGAAAGUAAGCGUGCCUGAGGGGAGAGGAACACAAGAGAAGAGAGACAAUUGAACAUCACCAUUGGCCGAGACCUGAAAAAAUGGUGCUGGAUGAACAGAGGAUUAGAACUUAAUUGUAAAAGGGAAAUACAGUCUUGGCAGGCAAUUUGCUUCAUUUCCACAUUCAUCAUGGCCCAGAUCCUCUGGCUGGCUGGUUGAUGGGACUGUCCAACGCUUUCUACUAGGAUUCACUGCAGAUCCCCUCUGCCUACAGAUAGAAAGACCUGGGAUCAGGUAGGAACUGGAUGAUGCCAAAUACAGGAAUGGAAAGAGAAAUGGACUCAGACGAGCUAAGAUGGAAGUGACUUGACAGCUCCAAGCUCAGCAGUUGUCUCCAAUAAGGACAGGUUAAGACGGGAAUUUCAAGUUUCACUGGGAGAGCAGUAUGCAGGAAGCUGGUUUUCAGGCCACAAAUGCUUUCACAGAGUGCAAAUUCACCUGCGCCAGUGGUAAAUGCUUGUAUCUUGGUUCAUUGAUUUGUAACCAACAGAAUGAUUGUGGGGAUAACAGUGAUGAAGAGAACUGUCUGCUUGUAACAGAGCAUCCACCUCCAGGCAUCUUUAGCUCUGAACUGGAGUUUGUUCAAAUCAUCAUUAUAAUUGUGGUUAUAACUGUUAUGGUGGUAGUGAUCAUCUGCUUGUUGAACCAUUACAAGCUCUCAACACGCUCCUUUAUCAACCGACAGAGCCAAAGCAGAAGACAGGAGGAAACUUUGCAGACGGAAGGGUGCUUGUGGCCUUCAGAAAGCUCGGCUUCACGCCAGGGUGCUUCAGAGAUCAUGUACGCUCCGAGGUCCAGGGACAGGUUCACCACCCCGUCUUUUAUGCAGCGGGACCGUUUCAGUCGCUUCCAGCCCACUUACCCUUACAUGCAGCAUGAGAUCGACCUUCCUCCCACCAUCUCGCUGUCGGACGGGGAGGAGCCGCCGCCAUACCAAGGCCCGUGCACCCUGCAGCUCCGGGACCCGGAACAGCAGAUGGAGCUCAACCGGGAAUCCGUCAGGGCACCGCCCAACCGAACCAUUUUUGAUAGCGACUUGAUAGACAUCUCGAUGUACAAUGGAGGCCCCUGCCCACCGAGCAGCAAUUCGGGCAUAAGUGCAACCAACUAUAGCAGUAAUGGAAGGAUGGAAGGACCACCCCCGACGUACAGCGAGGUCAUGGGGCAUUACCCAGGCUCCUCUUUUUUCCAUCACCAGCACAGCAACAUGCCUCCUUCCUCACAGAGGGGGAGCAGACUUCAGUUUCAGCAGAACAAUUCAGAGAGCACAAUAGUCCCCAGCAAAGGCCAAGACCGGAAACCGGGAAACCUGGUCUAAGUUAACUCACCCAGGUGCGUUUGAACUGAAGACAAGAGAUUCAAGCAGAGUGGUGGAGGAAGACCCCCGUGCUCCGGUGCACAAUGUUGUUACAUUUCACAUGGUACAACCUAGUAAAACCAAACGUGCAAACCAGUUCUUUGUUUCUGAUUCCUUUCAGGGGAAUUGCAUGCUAAGCAGAUCGAAAGAAAUGCAAACUUCCAUUCAGUUUGUCUGUGAGCAGUGUUUCGGGGGGGCGGGGGGGAUAUAUUAUUUUUUUUAAUAAACUAUUUCAAUUAUUUAAUUCUAAAAAGUUAACUUAGCACAGAAAUGAGGCUUCUGCAGCCUGUUUUGUACUCACUGAAUGGCAGAAGGAAGAAGGUGGUUUUGCUAAAUGGGGGAAGAAUUGGCCAGUUUACCUUUUUUCUUUUCAUUUCCUCUCCAGGGUGUGUUUUUUUUUAAUAUGAAACAAAAUUCCUGUUUUGUGUGCCAAGGUAUAAAGUUGAGGACUUAGAUGAAUGCAAGGAAUUAAUUUGUGUUGUGAUAAAUGUGUUUUAAAAAGUUGCACUAUCUUAAUGUUUUUAAAGAAAUAUAUAUGAGGGAACUGUUUUAUGUGAAGUUCUUCUAUAUGUUGUCUUUUCACCUGUGGAUUAAUGAUAGAGCCCUAGAAGUAAUCUGGAGGAGUUUGCCCCCCCUCCCCCUGUGUUUACUAGAAGAAAGGGGACAGGACUUAGCCUAACAUCUCUUGACUUCUACAGAUCAAGAAAUACAGGGACACUUGUCUUUGCAAUAAUUUGCAUUUGAAUAACAGUGCGUCAAUGAAGUGUCUUGGAGACUUUUGGAUGGAAGAAGGCAAAUAUGAAAUCCCAGCAUUUUCCAUCGCUUAGGAUUUAGCUGUUUUGCAGUGUAGACUGCUUUGUUUCGUAAAUGGCAAAACAAAAUCCCAGAUGUGUUAUUUUGUAUUGAUUCUGACUAAGUGCUGCCGUUCUUUUCCUUUUCAUAAUGCAGUAUCACCAGUACUUAACAGUUUUAGAGAUUUUUUUUUGUCCUCACUGUAGCCUGAAAUGUAUUUAGUCACAUAUCAUGACAUUAUGCAAUAAAUUGUUUAAAAAUGCAAGGUGGGUUUUUUCCCCUGCAAUGCUGUUAAAA